AUGCUCGUCCUGAACCCCACAUGGGAGCGAGAAACCGCGCCAGGUGCUCUAGAAAGGCUUAUUGAAAAUAUCAAGCAUUUGUCCGAACCAGAACCAGAUACAUUGACCGAGCGCAAAACAGCAUAUACCAAUCUACCCCCUCCAAGUACCGUCACGAAAUCUAUCUCACAGUACCUGGGCCGGAACCGUGCGCGAAACGACGCGUCUAAUCGAGCAGAGUUCCUUCGUCCCACAUCCGAAACGUCCUGCGCAAGAACGGACGCUAAGACGUUGGACCGUGACACGCAAAUGAAAUACGACAUUGCUAAAAAUGAAGACGGGCCACUGCGUCGAACAACGAAGAAGGAAAAAGGGUCAGUCCUGGAUGAAAAGGGAAAACAAAAGGUAGACAGGGCCGAUGAAAGCCUAACAAAUCCGGCCGUCUUCGAGCGAAUCGCAGACAUCGAGGCUCAUCUAGCGGUGCAUUACGUACCUUCUUCUCCAGCGAGCCUACUGACAAGAAUAAGAUUUCUUGAGGAGCACAUCAUCCGGCUGGAGAAGGAAUACCCGCCGUGGGCUGCACUUCAUUUCAAUCAGCCGAGACGAAACGCAAGUAUUUUCUUUCAGUCGCCUAAUUGUGUCUCUAAGUGUCCCGUUUAG